AUGAGUGAAGAAGGAAAGGCUAUUCUCUUACUAAUUCCUUACCCUGGUGACAAAGAUAAAAGUGGACUUAGCCUUGCAAACACUGCAACGACGAUAAUUGCCGAUGAGUCGAAGGCGAACCACGCAGAAGGAGCAGAUGCUGCGGUGGCCACACGUGGCAGUUGGUUUAUAAUGGUUUCACGGGGGUCGCAGUCGCAGAAUGUCACAGUCACGAUUCUCAUGAAGCAAGAUUUUCAUUAA